GUGAAUACAUGUCGGAUGAGAUUUUCAGUUUUAAAUGUUCGUCUUGUCUGGCUAAUAAUCGGAAUCGAGAAGCUGUGAAAUACUGCGUGGAAUGUCAGGGAUAUUGUUGUCAGUCUUGUGCAGACAUGAUUCAUAUGAUGCCUGCUUUAAAAGGUCACACUCUUUUGGAUGGUUCAAACUACAAGUCAUCAAGUCUCCAUUCAGGAUUAUCAGCAGUACCGACGGAGAGAUGUAGCGUUCACGAGACAAAGAUCGUGGACCUGUACUGUGGUAAUCAUGAUGAGGCUGGUUGUACAACUUGCAUGGCUUUAAACCACAGGUCUUGUGCUGAUGUGCAAUCCAUUCCAGAUAUUAUCGAUAGUACAUUUCAAACAACAGACGUUGACAAAAUACACAAAAAGUUGCAAGAUAUGAAAAUAAAGAUGGAGAAAAUUAUGAAAACUAGACAAAGACUGAUAGAAGACUUAAAAAAGUCUCAGAUGAAAGUAGUAAUGGCGAUCAAGGACUUUCGAAAAGACUUGGAAACAAUUCUUGAACAACUAGAAAAGGAAUCAAUUACAGAAUUGGAGAUGAAGUUCAUAGAAGAAAAAUCGAAACUGCUUGAAGAGAAGAAGAAAGCAGAAACUGAAUUAGAUGAUCUAAAACAAGCAGUGAACGAUUUGAAGAAAUCAGAAGGAAACAAAGCCCAGCAAUUUGUCUCCAUGAAAAAAUCAUUGAAAAGUAUUGCAAAAACGGAGGAUGCAUCUUGUUCAUUGCAAACAAGUGUUGAUGCAAAGAUAUCAUUUAGUUUUGAUCCUGCUAUACUGCGAUUUCUACAGCAGUUGAAAACUUUCGGAUCUCUUUCUACUACUGCUUUCAGGUCGCCAAGGACAACCGCUUAUUCUGUUAAAGGUAUAGAGAAUUUAAACAUCGGAGUUCAGAAUGACACAAGAGCAAUGUGUGUGUAUGGAUCCUGUCUUACAGAAGAUGGUUCACUUCUGUUAGCUGAUAACGGCAAUUAUAAGAUAAAACGAGCAGAUAUUGUAAAAAUGUCGGUAAUAGAUUAUUGUUCUGUUCCUGCUGGACCUUAUGGCGUUUGUUGUACAAGUAAAAGUGAAGCUGCAGUCUGUCUGGACAAUAACACAAUUCAGUUUGUCUCCUUUGGCAAACAAAUGUCAAACACUCGUCAAAUAACACUGAACCAUGAUUGCUUUGGCAUUGGCUAUAAGGCUGAUAAACUUUACAUAACUGACAACUGUAAAUCGUUAUUCAUCCACGAUAUGACAGGAGACUUGCUGCAAACGGUAACUCAAAACAACGCCGGGCAAAGUUUGUUCACAAAUCCCCGAACUGUUGCUUUCAGUGAUAUUGAUGAUAAAGUGUUUGUUGCUAGUUGGGAUAAAGGUCUAGUUGUUAUUGAUGGACAGGGAAAGCACUGUCAGACAUUCACUGAUUCAGAGUUACGGUGGGCGAGUGAGGUCUGUACAGAUCGUAAAGGAAAUCUGUUUGUAUCCGGGUUUAGUUCAAAUACCGUGAUACAGAUAGGGAGAGACAGGAAGAAAAUGGGCGUGGUCGUGAAAUCAUCAGAUGGACUUGUCCGUCCAGAUUCAGCUUGUUUUGACAUACGAAAAUGCAAAUUACUGAUUACCCAACGCGAGAACAAUACUGUCAAAGUCCUCUAUUUGCACUAAAGAGCAAUUAUCUGACGAUUUUUUGAAUGUAUAAGAUUUAUGGAGAGCUGGAUGUACAGCCGUUAGCAUUAACAGUUAAGGCUCGUGUAUUAUGUUAUUGGUGUAAAGUAAUUAAUUCAGGAAACGAAAGAUUUGAAAAUUGUUGUACGAUACAAUUUUUAUUAGCAUAUGAAUGGUACACAAAUUUCUUCUUGCAUUUCUUUUGUAAAAAAAUACUGUUAAUGAACUUGGAAUGUCUGAAUAUUUUCAGGCUAAUUUAGUAUAUAGAUAAUUAUUUUAAAACAAUUGUGAAAAGUAGGAUAAAAGAUCAGUUUUUGCAAAAUUGGCGUGAUAGUGUCUAGUCUAUCGGACUUAUAAAAGAGAAUUUGGUUUUGAAGAGUAUCUUGACAUAUUACCUUCUAAACUGAGUAAGCCCUUGCGUAAAUUCAGAACUAUGAACCAUUUGUUGCCAAUUGAAACAGGUAGACAUUUGCAUAUAGAGCGCAGUCAAA